GCUCGGCCGGUGGCCGGACAUGCCGGGGGUGCGAGGUGGGCGCACCGACUCACCAAAGCCGGGGUGGCUGCACGGGGAUGGCUGCUGGGAGCCAUCGGGGAGCACAGCCGUGGGGCUGCUGCCGGCGCGACGGGAGACAGCGGGGCGCCACAGCAGUAAGAAACAAAGAUGCUCCAUAAGGGAAGGAUCUCUGCCCAGCACAAAUGAUGGAGCACCACGGAUAAGGGUUCACCGCUGAAGGACAAGACAUGCAGUAGGUGCCAGUGCUUCCCACCAAAGCGUGAGACUCGGUCGUGCCACGCAGCCCAGGGUGCUGCGGGAGGGACAGGACAUGCUCCGCAUCGGCUGCCUCCUCUCGGGAUUCCUCUUCAUCCUCAGUGUGAGCAGCACGGGGGGCUUUGCCCGCACAGGCCGCAGAGUCUGUGCCUCCGCGCCGCAGAGCCGGGCGGUUGCCUACACCGAGUCCCACGUGCAGCCCGUGUACCAGCCCUACCUCACCAGCUGCCAGGGCCACCGCCUCUGCAGCACCUACAGGACCAUCUACAGGGUUGCCUACCGGCAGGCGUACAGGCAGCAGCCGCAGCCCGUGCUGCCAUGCUGUCCUGGCUGGAGCAAAGCAAGCAGCCACGCGCUCAGCUGCAACAGAGCUCUCUGCUGGGAGCCGUGCCAGAACGGUGGGAGCUGCACCUUCGCCGGCAGAUGCGCCUGCCCGCCCGGCUGGACGGGGCGAGCCUGCCAGACAGACGUGGAUGAGUGCGCCAGCCCGAGCCACGGGUGCAGCCAGCUCUGCGCCAACACAGCCGGGAGCUACCACUGCACCUGCUGGGACGGCUUCAGCCUCGCUGCCGACGACAAGACCUGCCAGCCCGUGGUGCCAGUCCCCGAGCCAGACACCUUCAGCCGAGCAGGGCCCCCCAGUGAAAUGAAAGAAGAAAUGCAAGACCUGAAGAGCAGAGUGGAAGUGCUGGAGGAGAAACUCCAGUUGGUGCUGGCCCCCUUCCACAACCUCAUGCCAUCUGCGCCAGAGGAUGUCGGCACAGACCCCAUCAGCCGGCUGUCCCACUCCCUCCAGCAACUGGACAGAAUCGACUCCCUGAGUGAGCAGAUCUCCUUCCUCGAGGAGCGGCUGGAGACGUGCUCCUGCAAGAAUGAACUCUAGGCGAACCCUCAAAUAACUGGAGAAAACACAGUGCAGCUGUAGGUCUUACUGGUGAGGAUGAAGCCGCAUCAUCUACAGGAAGGCACAGGGGAGCAGAAGGCUACUUUCCCACCAGCACCUUCUUCAUUUCCUCUUCCAACUCACCUUACCAACAGCGACACAGUUACUUCCAAACUGGACUCCAAGCCCUCAGCAUCUCACCCCCUUCCUGCUGGAGAGGCAGAAAAUAAACACCUUGCCUCGUGCCGUCAGUGCCUGUCUGGCUGUGCCAGAGAGCCUGGCUGCACGUGUGGCCGUGUGGUGCUUAGCUUUGCCUGGCUCUCACUUACCCUUCCCCUGGGACACCAUCCUGCAGGGGGCAUGGGGACAGCUGUUCUGCCUGCCCUGGGGAGCACAGCCCUGGCCCAGCUGCCCGUCUACCUGUUCCCACUCAAUAAAAGUGGGGAAAAGUCCUGCGUUUGGAGGACUAUGGCCAAAAAAGGCCUGGUGGCAGAGGGGGCAGCCCUGUGCCAGGCAUCGUGGCAACUGCUCGGUGUGAAGGUACUGCGCUGGCUGGGUAAUGGGUAAUGAGUGCCCAACCCUGCCACUCUCUCUUCUGCUGCUUCUGUCUGCGAGCUCUGGAGCUCAACUGAUCCCUCGCUGCUUCUCAGCACGGCAGCUGCAAAGCUUGCUCUGAAAUUGCCUGCUCACAGUCCUCUGUGGUGAUAGAGGGAAUAAGGAUGAAGCUUUUCCCUCGGCCUGAAGAUGCAGAAUCUGGUUUUACUUGCUUUAAUAGAAAACCUUCCCUUGCGACACUCCAUCAUUAGCACGGAGCAGCCAGGAACAAACCUCAGCAGAGCCCAGAGGCUGAGGCCAAGGAGGGACAGUCCUCUGCGUGCCUGGAUGGGGGGCGGAGGUCUGGCAAACCCACGCAUUUACCCUGGCGCGAACGCCGGCUGUUAGGACAGUUGCUCUCUCGCAGCCCACGGUACAUGCACCUCCCUGCCUCUCGGCACCGCUUGCUCAAGCCCAAGGACACACUGGGACAGCAGAGCACAGGUGACCGACCUGGUACGACACUUUCCUGCUCACCUAGCAUGGAGCCGCAGGAGCCGUGUGGGGCAAUGGGGUCAUACCAAAAUAAAGCCUCUUGCUGCGCUCUGAGGCUGUGGGGUGGUUACUGGCUGGGAAGCUUCUCACUCCAGAGCCUUGCUUUGAGAUGGGCUCCAACAAACACGGGCACCUCCUCCACUGCGAGAGGUCCCAUAGGGAUUUGUCUUCCUGGGACACAUGGACAAGGACCUGCCCUUCCCCCUCAGUCACCAAACCCACCUGCUGAGGGUGCAGCACCCUCUUUCCUCCCGCGAGCAGCCCUCCUCUCCCCAGCUCCCACACACCACCAGGAGUCGCCUUUAUUUAAAUAACCAAAGGUGUACUUUUUAAAGCACAUACAUUAAUCUCAACACAAUUAACAGCGAACAGCAGACAACUGCACACGGAGGCGCCGCUCCCUCCUCCCUGGGAAGGACGCUGCAGGAAUCACUCUGUAGAUGUGAUUAUCCCCCCCCCAGGACCCUCCUGGGUUUAACCUCCAUGACAGCCCUUUAUCUGCCGCUCUUACAAGUGCUGGUUCAGUUCCACCCUCCCCUGACCCAUCCCGCGGUGGGUCUGACCCCUGAGUCUGUACUGUAAGGCCCCUCCAAUAAAGCCCCCCCCGGUCCCCACCAGCUCUUUCCCUUGUGAACCCCCAGCCCUUCCCAGUCGAGGCUUUAACCCUCCAACACUACAUGACUGCACUUCCACCAACACAGCCCUGGACAGGCUGCAAAAGCCGGUUGUGUUGGUUACCCACGAAGACCCCGGUGGCUCAGCUCAAGGUGAAACACCCUGUGCCGCGAACAGGUGAGCCAAAGCCUCCCCGAACCCAAGUCAGAGGUGAAGGUUCCCCCCUGGAACCAUGGACCUGAUCCAGCCAGAGGGCAUCGACCCUUCCGCAGCUCCCCGUGAGGGAUGCAGGAGCCCUGCUGGUCUGCCAGCCCAAAGCACACAAGAAACCCGUUUAUCUGAAUGGGGGAAGGAGCACAUUUGCCCCCCAAGGUGGGGCGUGGAGCCUUCUGAGCCCGUUAACACAGCAGCUCACCCACCCCACAGCUCUCCAGU